AGACUUGUUCCAAAUAAUGAACUCUUGUGUUCCCAUUUCUUUCUAACAUCCUUAUUCUUUCCUACUUUGUUUCCCUAGCUAGCUUGUGUUUGUAUAAUCCCACAUUCAUCUCCAAAACCCUAUGAAAAAGCACUAGUGACUCAACACACCCAUGGCAUCCUCCUCCUCCUCCAAAAAAGUGAUAACCCUGAAACUACUAGUCGACACAAAGAACAACAGGGUCCUCUUCGCCGAGGCCAGAAAAGACUUCGUCGACUUCCUCUUCACCCUCCCCUCUCUCCCCAUCGGCACCAUUGUCCGCCUCCUCACUGCCAAAAGCAUGGUCGGCUGCCUAGGAAACCUCUAUGACAGCGUCGAAAACCUGAGCGAUACCUACAUGCAACCCAACCAGAGCAAGGAGGUUCUGUUGAAACCCAAGGUGGCGGUCCAUUCCACGGAGGCUUCCCUUCUUCUCACCGACUACGAUGCCCCCGUGCCGGCAGUUAACAAGAUGUACAAGUGUUCAAACUGUUAUAGUUACGUCAGCAUUGACCAAAAAGUUAUUUGUCCAAAAUGCAAAAAAAAUUCUAUGACGGAGGAGGUAACAUUCGUGCCACCAAUGGUUGUCAAUACUGGUUUAUCCAGUGAGAGAGGCUACGUUAAAGGUGUCAUAACAUAUUUGGUGAUGGAUGAUUUGGUGGUUAUGCCCAUGUCUACCAUCUCUGGUAUUGCAUUGCUUAGCAAGUUCAAUGUUGCAAAUGUUGCAUCUUUCGAGGAGAAGGUUGUGACUUUUGGGAUGGAUGAGGGUUUGAAGCUGUUAAAGGAGACUUUGCAUUCAAAAAUGGUAUUAACAAGUGUCUUCCUUGGAGGCAUGAAGACAAUCGAUUCUUUAAGUUCCAUUCCCCAUGAUCCUGUCGCGGUCGGCGAAACAGGGCCUACCGCGGAUGCCUCGGCAAGCACGAGCGAAGCCAUGUCUGAACCUCCUCCAAAUGAAGCCGUUGCUUCUUCCAAGCCUAAGUCUAAAGAGUUUCAUGAAAGGGUUGAGGAAUGUUUCAACAUUAUCUUCUGCAGCCAAGAUAAUAUCAUAAAAGAGCAAAAGAGGAUUCAGAGGAGGGUUGAUUACUUUGUCGAGAAGUUGGAGGAGCAAUUUGGUGCAACUUACUUUUCGGAGGGUGAAGAAGAAGACACUAAUUAUGUGCCUCAUGAUAUCAAUAUUAUAACCUAAUAAAGUCCUUCGUUGAUCUUUAGCAUGUUAACAAAGUCAAAUUUGGUAUGGAGGAUUUGAGCUCGUUGGGAACUCCAAUUGCAUGUGUUUGUUGGCGCGAUGUGUGGAUGUGUGCAUGUGCGUGUG